CAGAGGCAUCAGAGAAGCUCUCUGCUCCACUUACAGUAACCACACUCUCCCUCCUCACUCGAACCCAUCUUCUUGACCCAACAGAGUUCUUCUGUGUUGAGCUGGAGAGGAGACCUGCAACCGGACAGAAGUUUGUGUGAAGAGGGGGACCCAAGGUUCUACAUGGAAAGAGGAUGAUGACAGGAGUUUUUCCUGAAGUGAACCAGAUGCCAAGUUGGCAGCUUCUCUAAACACCUAUCUCUCUCUCAUCGUUUUGGAUUGACCUGCCAUCAAGCUAUGAAGUCCCCACUUCUUUGUGAAGGAAUGUUGAUAGAGAUCUUUGCAACGUUAAAGAGCUGUGUGGAAGUGCAAAUAUGAUAAAAGAGUAGCACGGUGUGGACCCAAAUCAAGUCAGGACACCUCCCUUACUUGCAGGCACAGGGAGUUGAGAUGCUUUCCAGGGGAACAAGCGGGAAUCUUGUCCUCGCAUCUCGCCUGUGAAGAUGAUGGACUUACCGAACCAGCACUUGUGCCUGUGGAGGUCAGCUGAAGACGACGCCACGCAGCUAAGUCUGGAUUAGCCGGCCAAACGAGUUUCAAUGCUCCUCCACGUUCUAAGAUGAAGUUAUGGAAAGGUGCCACUUUUGCCUUCAUGCUCUGUGGUGCAGCCCUGUCCAUCCUCCUCAUUAGAAACAUGGCCACUAUUGGACAGUUCAAACCAAGGACAAAACAUCCAUACACAUUCUCAUCUUCUUCAACGUCAGAAUCAACACCUAGGACCUCACCGCUAUCACCCUCAUCCUCGGCGACGGCGGCACCCCGGCACAUGGUGGCUCUCCGCCGCAGUUCCCGCUCAGCAGAGAACAUGAACUCUCUCCUCUCAGACUUUUCCAUGAUGUUUCAGAGCUUCACAGAAAGUGAGCUUCAGCACAUGGUCGGGACUUUGCUGGACAGGAAGAGAAGAAAGACCCGGCGUCUGGGCGACAGCCAGGCCCGGAGGACUAAAAGAGCCCGCAGGCCCAAGCCCUGCUCUCUGAGGGAGCUGGAGUUGACUGUGAGUGACCUGGGUCUGGGCUACGAGAGCGACGAGACGGUGCUGCUGCGAUACUGCAGCGGCAAAUGCACAGCCCACCGGCAAAACUAUGACAUCACAAUGGAGCAUAUGAUGCGGUCGGGCUUCAGGGAGAGGGGGCGCAAGGACAAGGUCAGCAACGGGCCCUGCUGCCGGCCAAUCGCAUUCGAGAAAAACUUUUCCUUCCUGGACAAUAAGAGUCGCUAUCACACAAUACAGAACGUGUCGGCGAAGAACUGCGGCUGUGUAUGACCCCGAGAAAUGGACUUGUUAUUUCUUCAUGCUGCUCUCAGGCUUUGUUGGACGAGUUGAGCGAGGACGCUGUCAAAAGACAAAGGAAUAUUAACUCGAGAAGAGAAGAGAAGGAAGUGGAAUCUGUCGCUGCGGCCAUGUUUGACAGACUGGGUGUCUGUCACCAGAGUUUGGGAUUAAAAUCCCAUGGACAGCAAGUGCUGUGUUUGUGUGGAUUCCAUGUAAAAAAAAAAGACAUAACUGUUCAUGGCAAAACCCUUUUUACCAUCUUUUCUAUCUGUGUAGUAACACUGUAAAACUGUGGUGGAACAACAGCGUAGCAGCAUCCUUUGUGAUUUAGCCGUAGAACAUGGGAUAGACUCAUGAUGACCAUGAGCAAAUGGGGAAGUAGAUUAUUGCUGUUACUAAACUUCACAUUCACAAGUAUUAAAUCAAAGUCCAUAUCUUAUAGUGUCAUAAUAACAAUAAUAAUAAGAAUAAUGGUGACUGUAAAUCACUGUUCAGUAAAAAAAAAAGGUUCUCAAACAAACUACAAAUGAUGUUUACUUACUUAAAGUUCUGUAAAUCUGUGUUGGACGUUGUGACCUGUUUGUAUGCAUUACUGUUACUGACUGCAGUGUUAUUACACAGGUGGAAAGAAGAAGUUCAUAAUAAGUUAUUCUUAUUAAUAAUAAUAAUAAUAAUAAUAAUAAUAAUAAUAUGAUGAACGAAAAUCCUUUUCUAUAGCCCAAGAUUUGAUCCCCACUUUUCCUCCGUCUUUUGUAUAUUGAUAAUGUGUAGAUUAACAACAAGGGCCUGCUUCCCAACACAUGGAUUAUAACUCACACUCAAAGAAGCUGCCAACACAAGUCAAGUCUUUAAAAAAUAAAUAAAUAAAUAAACAAACAUGUCUAACAUUGCAAUUACCCACAACAUCCUCUAGGAUUGCCAAAAAGCACAAAGUCAAUUUGGAGUUUGUGAUUCACUCACAAACUCAGAUUUCCUGUCCCAGGUUAUAAAAUGGAAUCGUCUCUGGGUUUAAUUGGCGAUUGUUUACACUCUCAGUGGAAAAUGCAUUUCCUCACUGACAGAAAAGUAAAUAUGAAGUAGAGACGUGCUUGUACCCAUUCAUACGAGCAGAAGCCCACAGUGCAGCCUUCCACUGGCCCAUGGAAUGCCUCCUUGUUGUAUUUGCCUAGUAGAAAAUAAGCUGUUGAAAUGAAUUAUGAAGCAUCUUUUUCACCUUCUAUCUUUCUCUGGUUUGAACCCAUCGCAAAUGUUUGCCUGAAGUACGAUGUUUUUUGUUUUUCUGAGAAGGUGCAGUGCGCGGCGUGGAUGCGGUGCAUCUUUAUUUGUAGUUUAUAUUGUAUUUAUUUGGGAAGUAAAUUAUGGUUUUGCAUAUUUAUUUAGAGUAGCACACAGAAAAGGGACAGCUUUUUAUCAUUAAGCAACUGUGCCAAAAAAUGUUUUAUCUAACAUUCUAUAUUGACUGCUGAAUAAACGUUAUUUCAGAGCUAUGGAUGUUCAUCAUUUCUCCCAAAUGAUUGGUCUCUAGGUCUGGAAUAUUCUGUACUCAGAUUGUAUUUAAAAAUAAAUAUGUAAUAAUAAAACUAUUAUCAUUCAAGGUCCUAUUAAUAUAGCAAUUUGAACUCUAUGGAGCAAUGUGAGGAUUAGAGCAGCAGCAGCAGGAGGACGUGCUGACACUAAAUGAACCAUAUACAGUAUAUGAGGUUCAUGCGUCAGUGAGGCUGUCUCUGAAAUCCUCUGUCACAUCUGUACUAACCUGACAUUAGCGUACACAACAGGGAGCGUGAAAACUGAAAACUGAAAACUCAUCAGCAGUCAGAGGAUGUGACCGUGAUAAACUGAGAAGAAAAAGAAAGCAGAAGAGGAGAAAAAUCUUCUUCUUCUUCUUCUUCUUCUUCUUCUUCUAAAUAUGAAAGGUCACGUGAAGUCAGCCGUGAACUAACACAUGUCACCCCUGCCUUCAAAGGUACAUCUUAUUCCUCUGCUCCUCUGUUGUCAUUAUAUCAUUAAAAUAAUUACCCAUC